AUGUCCACCAGCCGCCCAAACGCCCGCGGCCGCUCCCCUUCUCGAAGCGGCCGCGGCCGCAACGCCAGCAGCGGCACCUCGACACGAGCAAGGGCCAGCACGAGCACCGGCACCAGCACCAGCGCCCGCACGAACCCCAGCGCCGGCCCCGGCGGCAUCAUCGCCCGCCGCGCCGCCCGCUCGCCGGCCUUCCGCGAGAAGCUCCGCCAGAUGGCCCUCGACCUGCAACCCCUCGUCCAGGUCACGACGGGUCACGUCCACCCGUCCUUCCCGCGCACGCUGCUGAGCUUCUGGCUGCUCACCGAGCCCGAGCUCGACGAGAUGGCCCGCUUCUACCACCAGCGCACGCCCGGCCCGCACUCGGCCAAGUAUCCCUGCCCCAUCACCUGGGGGCCCAACCUCACUCUUGACGAGAAGAGGAGGAAGAUUGGCAAGUUCAUCGGCCUCAGGGGUUGCCUGACGCCCAUCGCCGUCCGCUCUUCGCCCCCAAAGCCCGUGGGCCCCUCAGCAGCUCUGCGUCCCAGUUGGUUCAAGACGGAAGAGCAGAUUGAGGAGGACGCGAGGAAGGCGCGCGUCGCUGCCGACGAGGACGACGCCAUGAAGAAGAAGCUGCACUGGUAUGUGUGA